AUGCUGGGAGCUGGAGCCCCUGGGGCCCGGGGCCAGUACUCCAGGGGGACAGGCACCCCGGGCCGUCUCCGGGUCAUCGUCCUCACCUAUGUGCUGGUUGCCCUGGAGCUCACCUGCCUCUUCAUGCGGUUCUCCAUCCUGCCGUACCUGACUCGGCAGCUGGGCCUGGACUCUGUGGCUUUCGGCUACCUGCAGACCACCUUUGGGGUGCUUCAGCUGCUGGGCGGGCCACUAUUUGGCAGGUUCGCCGACCAGCGUGGGGCGCGGGCCGCGUUCACGCUCAGCUUCCUGGCGGCAUCCACCUUCUACCUGCUUCUGGCGGCCGCCUGCAGCCCGAGCCUGCCGGGCCUGGCCUUGCUCUACGCUGCGCCCCUGCCCGCCGCGCUCGCGCACGGGCUGCCAGCCGCCCAGAUGGUCAUAGCGGACCUGUCUGCGCCCGAGGAGCGGCCGGCGGCCCUGGGCCGGCUGGGCCUGUGCUUCGGCGUCGGCAUGAUCCUCGGCUCGCUGCUCGGCGGGACCCUGAGCGCCGCGUCCGGGAUUCAGUGUCCAGCCUUCGUGGCUCUUGUGGCCAGCCUUGUGGCAGCUGUCCUCAGCUUCACCUGCAUCCCCACCAGCACUAAGGGGGUUAGCGCCAAUGCCCAGGCUACCCCUCCAGGGGCACCCAAGGCCAGCAUCUUUGACCUGAAAGCCAUCAGCCGCCUGUUGCUGCAGCCCGGUGUCCUGCCCGUGUUCCUGGUCAAGGUGGUGUCCGGCUUCCCCUCCGGACUGUUCCUGGUCAUGUUCUCCAUCAUCUCCAUGGACUUCUUCCAGCUGGAUGCCGCUCAGGCCGGCUACCUCACGUCCUUCUUUGGGGUGCUCCAGAUGGUCAUUCAGGGCGUGGUCAUCGGGUGGUUGAGCAGCCACUUCUCCGAGGGGACCCUGCUCCGGGCCAGCGUGCUCGUCUUCAUCGCGGUGGGAGUGGCCAUGGCCCUGAUGUCCAAAGUCCUCCACUUCUGCCUCUUGAUGCCUGGCCUGGUCUUCAGCCUGUGUGCCCUCAACGUGGUCACCGACAGCAUGCUGACCAAGGCUGUCUCAGCCUCAGACACAGGGACCAUGCUGGGCCUCUGUGCCUCCAUACAGCCCUUGACUCGCACCGUGGGGCCCACCGUGGGCGGCCUCCUGUACCGCAGCUUUGGGGUCCCUGUCUUCGGCCACGUGCAGUUUGCCACCAACGUCCUUGUCCUCCUGGUGCUCUGGAGACAGCCUCUGCCCCAGAAGAGGGACAAAGUCGGGUGACCGUGGUCCCAGGGCACAGACUGGCAAUAAAUUCCUCCUCCUGCCUAA